CGAACCAGACGUCCAGUGGAAGACAGCAAUGGACUCCCGCGGCUCAUAUGUUCUUCACGCGCUGUUUUUGGCCGGAAUAAUCCAAUUGAUGUCACAACAGGGACACACACAGGUGACCAGCGUGACUUUCAAAUCUACCAAGAACGCGUACCUGCCGGUUUCAGCUCUCAAUACUGUUUCAGCUCGCAGUUCUCUUGAGUGUAUGACACUUUGCAAACAAAAAGAGGGAUGCCAUUCUUGUAACUACUUUGGAGAUGGUACAGGAGCCUGUGAACUCAACUCUCAGGUGGCUAAUGAUGUUGAAGCCGUCCAGCUCAGUCAGAAAGAAGAGGCAACUUACCAUGCCGCUCUCUACGUCGACUGCAAUGACGUCGAGACAACAGGAUUACUCAACAUAGACAUAUCCGGUUUCGGCCAAAAAACCGUCUACUGCGACAACGGAUGGCUUGUUGUCUUGAGAAGAACAGAUAAUCAGGUGGAUUUCCAUCGAACUUGGAACGAAUACAGAGAUGGUUUUGGAGACCCUCGUGACCAAUUCUGGCUCGGAAACGAGGCUCUCUAUGGGCUGACCAAUCAAGGCAAUUAUUCCAUGCAGAUUGAUAUGAAAUCCUGCGAUGGAAACUAUUACUACGUCAAGUGGAACUUG